GCUUGUUUAGACUUUAUUAAGAUUAAGGGUACUUAUUCCGGUAAAAACCUUACUCAAAUUAUCUAUAAAAGAGGCAAAAAACUCGGUAUACUUCACAAGAUUAUAAGCCUUACUAGAGAUAAUGCUAAGAAUAAUAAUACUUGCGCUUAG